AUGGCGGAGGACACUAACACCUACGCACCAAAGUCGCCGGACCUCUCUUCUUUUUAUUCGGCAGCACCCGCCCCGCCCACGCCUCCACUGCACAAUCUGCAGCACAACCAGCAACACCUGAACAAGCUGCAAACCGCUGCACCGCCGGUAUAUGAAUACUCCUCCCCCUCGCCGCGCGCCUACCAUCCUCACCAGUCGUCUUCAACUCCUGUACACAUCAAACAGGAACAGCCGCCCCACUACCCGCCUUCAGUGGCAAUCAAGUCCGAAUCAGUCUUCUCUUCCCAUCAGCCACAAACGCAAACCCACCACCGCCACCAACACCAACAGCACCAACAGCACGCGCACCAACCGCAGUACCUGUCUCCUCGGUACCAGCGUUCGCCGCCACAACAGCACCAGCAACACCCGUCUCCGCAACACCCACCGCAAAGUGCAUAUGGGAUCCAGCCCGCCGUCAAGCAUCAAGAACAAUAUCAACCGCCACCACUGCAAAGCCAGGGGUUUCUAGACCUGAAAACCUACGGUGGACCAACUCAACUGUACGACAUCCCGUACAACCCAGACUCGCAACACCUGCCACAAACACCGGGUCCAGCAACAAUGCCCCCCAGAAAGAACACACAGCCGGCUCCAUCGCCGCCCCCAAUUGAUCCCUCGCCAAUCCGCACAAAAUUCCCUACCGCCAGGAUAAAGCGCAUCAUGCAGGCCGACGAGGAGGUCGGCAAGGUCGCCCAGCAGACCCCCAUUGCCGUCGGCAAGGCUCUGGAGAUGUUCAUGAUCGCCGUUGUCAGCCGCAGCGCGGAAAUCGCCCGGGAGAAGAACUCGAAGCGAGUCACGGCUCAGAUGCUCAAGCAAGUCAUCGAGACAGACGGCCAGUAUGACUUCUUGGCCGACAUUGCUGCCAAGGUUGGCGAUGAAGAGAAGCGGGGCAGCCGCUCCAAGGCCGAGUCGGAGAGUGAGGAAGAAAUGGAAGUCGAGACCAAGAAGAAGGGCAAGGGGGGCCGCAAGAAGAAGGUUGCGUGA